CUUCAAAACAAAUGAACAGUCAUAAAAUGAACGUACACGACCGCAAUACUUUGGGCCACCAUCUUCUCUUGCCGGAGCCCCCAUCAUCUCUUGUUGACAUCAAUGUCAACGGCAACCAAUACCGGCCACUAGACUGGCCCCGUCUCCGUGUCCCCAUGGCCAUCACCAUUGUCACCUUCAUCCUUCUCAUCAUUUGGCAUUGUGAUCGACACAGCGCUCGUCACCCUCAACGACAUAUACUUGUUACCAGAGACGGACUCAAUAAGGCCAUCAUUGCUUCCUUCCCAAUUCUCCGUUUUGAGGUCGUGGAAAAAGUAGUGCCAAGGGAGAAAUGUGGCGAGGAUUGCUCGGUGUGCUUAUCAGAGUUUGAAAAGGGUGAUGAUGUUAGGUUGUUAACUGUUUGUGGCCAUGCAUUUCACCCUAACUGUAUUGAUACUUGGCUUGGGACGAAGAAGACUUGCCCGGUGUGUCGGACUGACCUCACCGAGUUCCCCGCAGAGGAGAUUCUUGCUGCUGUGGAGGCAGUGCAGGCAACAGAGCACAAGGUGGUGAGUGAUAGGAGAAGGCGAAAAGAGAAAGGUGAUGUUCAUGUUAUGAGAAUUGUUGAAGAGAGGGAACGCUAG